UCUGCUCCCACCUAUCUGCGCACUAGAUCUUGUCGCACUGCUGCAGUUGCCGCAUUCGUCUUUCUGCGGGCACUGCGGAGGCUGUUGCUUGCCUGCUCUCUCUGUCUUGAUGAUGGCUGCAUCCUCGGCUGCCGAGAAGGAGAAGGAGCGACCUGGAUCGGUCAGCAUCGCCAGCAUUCCCGGCAACACCACGCGGGAGAAGCUGCUGUCUGUGCUGGAGGACCUGGAGGUGCUGUCGAGGGAACUUAUAGAGAAUCUGGCAAUUUCAAGAAGCCAAAAGUUGCUACAGCCUGGAGAAGAAAACCAGCAUUUUAAGAUUAUAGAAUUGUUAAUUCAUAGAGAUGGGGAGUUUCAAGAACUAAUGAAAUUGGCACUUGAACAAGGAAAAGUCCAUCAUGAAAUGCAACUACUAGAAAAAGAAGUAGAGAAGAGAGAUAGUGACAUUCAACAAUUACAGAAACAGCUGAAGGAAGCAGAGCAGAUAUUGGCAACAGCUGUUUAUCAAGCAAAAGAAAAACUCAAAUCCAUAGAUAAAGCAAGAAAAGGUGCCAUCUCGUCUGAAGAAAUAAUUAAGUAUGCACAUAGGAUCAGUGCAAGCAAUGCAGUGUGUGCCCCAUUAACGUGGGUCCCAGGGGAUCCACGGAGACCAUACCCAACUGAUUUAGAGAUGAGAAGUGGAUUGUUGGGACAGAUGAAUAAUCCAUCCACUAAUGGUGUGAAUGGCCAUUUACCAGGGGAUGCACUUGCAGCAGGCAGGUUGCCAGAUGUUCUUGCUCCACAAUACCCCUGGCAGUCAAGUGACAUGUCAGUUAACAUGUUGCCUCCAAAUCACAGCAAUGACUUCAUGUUGGAGCCACCUGGACACAAUAAGGAAAAUGAAGAUGAUGUUGAAGUUAUGUCAACAGACUCCUCAAGUAGCAGCAGUGACUCUGAUUAAGAGCCAUGCCAGAGAAAAAUGUACUACAUCUGAUCACAGAAAUACUGAAACAAGCAUGCAGAACCAAAAACUUGUAACAGUUGUCUAUUGUGUAAAUGUUCAGCCUGUUCAGUACCUCCGUGGACUUUGUUUUCAUAAUCAAAAUCAUGAUCUAACCUCACCAGAACAAAGUUUAAUAAAUUAUUACAGUGGUUGGUGUGACUUUUAUUAUUGAAGUAAAUUUUUCAGUUUUGUGGAGAAUAUGCCUUAGGAGCUGUCUUUUCCAGACCUGUUCCAGUUAUAUUGGACUAAUGUAACUGGAUAGGAGGCUGUAGAAAAAUGAAUGACACUUAGGUGUCUUGCUAACAGCUCUACUAUCCUAUAGAUGUGUGAAUGUAUCACGUUUUAAAGAUAUAACCAAACAUCUCAUUUGAAAGCAAAGUUUACUUAUUAUCUUUUGCUUGAAAAUUGUAUUUAAUUACUGUCUCAAAGGUUCAGUAAUGAAGUGUUUCAUGUGUAAUAACCGUAAAUGUUUUUGUAAAUAAACAUCAUUGUACGUUAUAAACAGUGAUUUCAAUGAAAGAUGAGGAAUUAUUUCUGGUGGAAAAUAUCUUAUUCUGAAUAUUGAUCAUAGUUUUGUAACAAGAAGGGAAUAUUGGCACAUUCUGGGCAUGGACAGGUUAGGAAGGGGAAUAAAUAGCUUGUUGCAGAAGUAUAGAAACAGGAGAUCAAAUGUAGGUGUAAUAUCUCCUAGGGCCCUGAUCCAUGCAAGUGAGGCUAGUUUUUCCUUAAAAGGUAUUGAAACCCUACUUGAGACUUCAAGGCAUAGACAAGACACUUGGUGGCCAAGGAACAAAAGUCAGCAUGCCAGGGGUCAGGAGCUUCUUCCUCAGGUUUUUGACUUGUAGAGCACCAUGACUGACAGAACAGGGAAGUUGCACUCAACUGAAUAAAUGCUGUAUCCAUGCUGAAUAUUCUCUCCAUGCUAUGGCUAACUAAACUUCCUUUGGUUAAUUGUUAUAUGGUCUAGAACAUCUCAUUUUGUUCCAGUCCCAAACCUGAACCUCCAGAUUAGCCAGUCAGACAUGCCCUACGGUAUGAGGAAAAUUAAUAUUAUGCUGUAUUCUUUAAUGACCAAUAUUACUCUGUGAUCCAUCUUUUUCCUAAUUUUGUCAUGCCCCACUUCUGAAAGGAGGCAGUGAUUGAGUAAUGGGAUCACUCCCAGCCUCCAACGCAUUGGCUAGUUAACCAGCUUGGACUGGGCCCCUCCCUAGUGGGGACCAUCUCUUCAGUUUGCCCCAAGACAUAGAACCACUUUGAGUUAGGCCCUCUCUAAGGGACAAGUCUCCUGUCCUUGCUUUCUAAUCAAAGUUAGGGGUGGCUUGGUCUACAUGGGGGAGACCAAACUAGGGAACAAACCUCAUUGAGAUGCUUUUUGCUUUCCUGGCCAAGAUUUCUGUAAGCAACUGGGUCUCAUAAAGUAAUUAGCAUUCCUUGUCUGGGAGGGGCUUUUAAUGAGCCACAUCAGAGGCCACCCCAUUUUCUCUUGCUGCAGACUAAUCCUAUCACAUAAGGAUUAGUCCUGCCCCACAAGGAUGAAUAGGGAGGAGCUGAAAACACUAGGCCCACUUCCUCAUUAAAACAUCUGCCAAUCAAUUGGGAUAGCCUUGCAUUUGGCAGGGGAGGUCCCGAUGAUGUACUGUCAGGCCUAUCAGAAGGAAGACACCGGGUUUAAAAGGCCCUGCUGGCCUUUACUCUGGAUUUUUGACAAAAAUGAAAGCAGGCCAUGGACCCCUUUACCAGGUUGCAUGCCCCUAUUAAUAAAUGAGAUCUUGCAUGGAUAGUUGACUCAGUUUACCUUUUUGUUAAAUUUCACUUGAGACAGACUGUUGCCAUAGUCAUUAGGAUUGGAUAGGAUGAGCUUGUGGCAGAAUUGUGAUUCCCCAGGUGGCUUCCAUGAUUCUGGCAGUGCUGCAUACUGUGAGGCAUCCCUAAUUGACCCAUGACUGUUAAGGAGCAAUUUGUGGAUAUUCAGCAACUAGACAGAUGUGAAUGUGCCCAGCAUUUGUGAAUGUGCCCAGCACCAAUGAAUGCUGUCAACUUAUUUGUAUAAUUUUCAGUUUUUGUACUUGAGUAGUGUGAUCUGCUAGCCCACUGUCUUAUGGGCUAGGAGUUGGGUUUAUUUACUUCUCUGACAUGAAUUUUGGGACUGCCAAAAAUACGAAAUGAUCUACUUGUGAUUUUUUUUCAUAUGGCGCUUGUGGGGGGGUUGGGGGUGACCAUUGAGAAUUGUGCCACAUGGACUGUGUUGGAACUCUUUGAUGUAAGACUCUAGGAGAGGCACUUCAGUGUAGAAGAAAAACUCAUUACUUGUUUGGCACAAAUCAGUCAAAAAUAUUAAUUAAAUUAAGUCCAAGCAUC